AUGCUUUUAGUUAUAUCCCACAAAGCUAUUCCAACACGACAAAUUCUAGGAAAAGAUUUGUAUUGUAAUACGUAUCAUGUUGUACAGUGCGGUUCACAUGGUCGCAAAACUCCUUCAUCGUCUGCAAGAAAACGCCUUUCAUUUCGGUUCGAUAUAACAAAGCCGGGCCCUUCGAGAGAAAAUUCCAAACGAGCACUUUUCCAGAGUCCUGCGAAACAACAAAGAACACAGGCUGCCGUUCUCAAACCAUCCGUGAAGCCAGAAAUAGCUAAUCGUGUAGAGAAAUCAAAGCGAGCUUUGUUUUCUCCAGAUAAACCUUCUCAAAGUUCUUUAAGUGAAUUUCGUAGUUUUAGUCAAGCUUCACAAUCGAGUAUUUUUGGUGGAAAUUUAGAAUUUUCAACAACGCUUAAAAGAAAGCGUACUGAUGAUGAUCUCGAUGCCACACAAAACAGUAAAAAAAUCUUCCGUCAAGAAACUCAAAGUUUGACUCCACGUUCACUUAAAAUAAAAAGCCAAAGUUUUUGUGUUGCGGCUGGUUCCACAAACGUUAUGAGCAGCAGCACUAAUAAGUUGCAAAGCAAAAAUACCAUUAAUACAUCGAAUGUUAACCUAUCUAAAAACAGUAAUGGAAGGCCAAUAAUGAAAGCUUUUUCUGAUACAACAUUUAACACUUCUAACCUGUUAACGGAAAACCAUCGAAAGAAAUUACUAUGGGCAGUCUCACAAGCCUUGCAGUCAAAGCAAAUAAAUGUUACACAUGUAAAUUUUAAACAGUUCGCUUCGGUCUUGGCCAGAGUUGUAAAAAGGAUAUUUCAAGAGUAUUUUAUGAAAAUAAAUUCCAGCACCAGUGAUACCAUGCUAAGAUUGGCGAAAAAAUAUGUCUGCAAUGUGAUUUCCGGAAAGAGUGCCGAUGAAAUAUAUAUAUUUGCAAAGUCUAAAAUAGAAGAAGAAAGGAAAAUUUCUUCUUCAAGAUUAACUGGUUAUAUUGCACCCGACGAAUUCGAAAUCCGUAAGUUAGUAAUGACUCAAACCAGUCUGUGCAGUUUUGAGAAUUCAAUGGACUCGUUUGCAUUAAGUCAAAGCUCAUCAAUAACCCAACCCGCCCAUAAUAUCAAAAAUAUCGAAGAUAUAUUGAUGGAAUCAAAAAGUGCAAUUAAGUUGAAUAUUCAACCGAAUUCUAGUUUGCAAAAUAGUUCCUCUAAAAAUAACCUCGAUGGAAUAGCUCUUAGGGAGAACGUGGAUUGCGAGCAACGUUGGUCCGCACAAAAAUGUUUUACGGGAAUUGAUCAACAAAACGUUAGCCCUUAUGCAAAUCCAACAGUUCGAUCGUCCGGACAAACAUUAUCAUUUAAAAGCAGCUUGUAUGAUCUUAAUAAUAGCGCUGCCAAAGCAAAAAGGCAAAUAUCGUUUGAUAGUUUAUAAACUUAAUUUGUUAAAAAUAAAACUCAAUUUGAUAUCGCACAAUUUUUUGUUUUUAAAUGGAAAAGUAAUUUAAAUUACAAGAAAUUUGAAAACAUAUGAAUGGUUGUGAGAAACGUUAAACUGAAUUUAUAAGGAGUAUGUACAUGCAACAUACAUGCAUUACUUUAUCUUAAUGAAAAUUGUAUUUAUUGAUAGUCAAAGUGAAAAGUAUUGUUAUUUAAAUAAAAAUAUUAAAUUGCGAUAGAAAAAAAA